AAUCCGGUGCACUAUUCCAAUUCAGCAUAUUUAGUGCAGUACCUAUUAAUUCACUUGCAAACGUUUUCAGCUGAAAAUCGUAAUUACUAAAGGUAGCACGUCCUACACAUUAUCAAAAGAUAAUACAACAUAUUGUGAUGGUUAACUCAGGUGUUCCAGUGCUAGAAGAGGAUAUAACUUGUAGAUGGAUACAAUAGUAAGGAGAAGCGGUAGAACUAACAAUGCAACUGAUACCACCGCCAAUGUUUGUCGAUUAUGACAUACUAUUGGCUUGCGGGCUGCUUAUAUUCUGGUGCGGUUAUUGGUUGGUGCACAUAAGUGCAAUAUGUUAUGGGAAGUUCAAACUAUACAGAAAACCCAAACCAGAAUCAUCUGUACAGUUGAUACCAUCUCUAGUAUCUUUAGAACAUGGUUUGCCGAGAAAUAACAAAAAACAGUAUCCGGGUGUUAGUAUAUUGAAACCAUUAUUGGGUGUGGAUCCAAAUCUGUUUGUCAACUUAAGCUCUUACUUUCAAAUGGAAUACCCAAUGUAUGAAGUAUUAAUAUGUGUGGUUGACCGAAAUGAUCCUGCUGCAAUGGUUGCUAAUCGGCUAUUGGAAAUGUAUCCAUCAGUAGAUGCUCGACUAUUUUUAGGUGGUUCUCAAGUAGGUGUUAAUCCAAAAAUCAAUAAUGUUCACGCAGCAUACCAAGCAGCCAAGUAUUCUUUGAUACUCAUAUCGGAUAGUUCAAUAAAAAUGAAAAAAGAUACACUUAGUGAUAUGGUUGAUAAUAUGGCUGAUGAUGUUGCAAUUGUUCAUCAAGUACCAUUCACAUGUGAUCGAAUUGACAAUAGAACUGAGCCUAUGACUUCACCUUUGUCAGAUAAUUCAACAGAUCCUUCAUCAUUUUUAAAAUUAGAUGGGCAAGUAGAAUACCAAAAUCAAACUCGCAAACAACGACGUUUUGUUGCCACCUUAGAAAAAGUAUUUUUUGGAACUGCCCAUGCACGAGUGUACUUAAUGGCUGAUCUUGUAGGUGCUAUAUGCCAUACAGGUAUGUCAACACUAUUGCGUAAGCAAGCAAUGGAUGAAUGUGGAGGUUUGCAAGCAUUCGCCGGUUAUCUUGCUGAAGAUUAUUUCAUGGCCAAAUUAGUAGUUGCCAGAGGUUGGCGCACUACUGUAAGUAGCCGGCCUGCAUUACAAAAUAAUGGAGGCAGUGAACUAAGUAAAUUUCAAGAUCGUCUUAGAAGGUGGGUCAAACUUAGGAUAGCUAUGGUACCACACACAAUUGUAUUGGAACCAUUAUCUGAAUGUCUGAUACUAGGCGCAUGUGCUGCAUGGGCUGCUAAUACACUUUCUGGUGGUUCAAUUGAUCCUUAUGCAUUCUACAUGAUACAUGUGCUUGUUUGGUUCUUAUUAGAUUGGAUUCUCUUAAAUGUGAUGCAGAAUGGGCCUUUGCCGUUUACAAAAUUUGAGUACUUAGUUGCUUGGUUAUAUAGAGAGUUCAUGGGACCAUACCUGUUUUUAACAGCACUCUUAUGGCGCCCAUCUGUUGUUACAUGGACCACACGGCAAUAUCGCCUACGUUGGGGUGGUCUAUCAGAAAUUUAUAACCAACAACCAACAAGCUCUAGCUCAGAUUCCAUAACUGCCACAGUGCCUAUAGCAACUACUACCAGUGUCACUUAUGACACAACUGUGCCUAACAAUUAUUGUAGUACUCACCAGCAGCAACCUCCAAAUGGUAUUGGGUUCACAUCAAAAAUUAAAGUUUAAAAAACAGCAAACAGCUACUUACAAACUUUUUUACGAAUUUAUUUUUAAAACUAAGAUAAUAAUUUACCUUCACUUUAAGUAUAACCAUUAUUUAUAAUGAUCUGGAAAAAUAUUUUUGAUGUCACGUGCCUUUUGAAAAAUCUAUGUAUAAACUGUAAUAUAUAAUGUUAUAAUUUUGUAAUUAAAAUAAUAAAUAAAAUAUAUGUAAUAAUAA